AUGACAUUUUUAAGUUCACAAAAACAGUACUUUGAUAAGAGUGGUGUUGGCCUUGAAGAAGGACAGUGUUCCAAAUCUACUAAAGAAGAAAAACUGAAGACAAAUGCUGAUAAAACAGGAGAUUCAUCUUCAAAAAUCAGAAACAACAGUUUCAGAAGGCCUCUUAUAUCAAGACAAGCACAUAUGACCGGGUUUAAUAACUCUUUCUUAUAUGGUUAUUGCUAUGCUUGUAAUUAUUUUGGACACAACAAUAAAUUGUAGAGUGUCUACUAGAAAUGAUUUCAGAUUUAUUAGUAGAAACACUAUUGCUCCAUUAAGAAAUUACAAUGUUGUAUUUUAUAAAUGCAAUAACCUUAGCCACCAUGCAAGAGAUUGCAAAAGAGAUAUGGCAGAUUUUUCUAGGAAGGAUUCAAAGGGCAAAGCAAAGGAAAGUACCAAAGUUUGGACAAAAAAGGAGAAACAAGCUCAAAUGGAAUCCCUGAUUUUGCAAACAGACCUUCUUGCACAAAAUGAGGACAUUUGGUAUGUUGAUAGUGGCUGCUCCAGACACAUGACCAGAGAUGAGAGUAAGUUCUUGGUUCUCAAGAAAUCUAAUGGUGGUAAGGUAAGGUUCAAAGGCAAUUUAUCUGCCAAGGUAGCGGGUAAGGGUACACUUACGUUGAAUGAUGGCAAAACAAAAGUUGAGAAUGUGUUGUUUGUAGAAGGUCUGAAACACAAUCUGCUGAGUGUUGGUCAGUUAAGUGAUUAGGGACAUAGUUUAAUUUUAGUUCAAAUUGUUGUAAAAUCAGUAAAGAUGAUGUUCACAUUGCUGAUGCUAGUAGGGCAGCAAAUAACUUGUAUAUUCUUGAUGAAGUUAACAGUGAGACUUGUUGUUUGAAUCAACUUGAUGAAUUAUGGUUAUGACAGGAGAUUGGGACACACGAACUUUGAUAGUCUCAUUCAGAUCAGCAGAAAAGAAAUGGUUAGAGAUAUGCCUUAGCUCACUAAACCUGCUGACAUUGUAUGCAAGGAAUGCCAACUAGGCAAACAAACUCGGAGGAGCUUCAAAUCAAAGGAAUAUUCAAGCACAAAACCACUAGAGCUAAUAGACACUGAUUUUUGUGGUCCCACAAGAACUGCAAGCAUGCAAGGCGAAAGAUAUUUUAUGCUUUUGAUUGAUUAUUAUUCACGUAUGACUUGGGUUGCCUUUUUGAAGGAGAAAUUAGAGGCUUUAGAAAAUUUCAAAGCUUUUAAAGCUUUAGUUGAAAAUGAGAAAGGUCUAAAAAUCAAGUGCCUACGUUCAGAUAAUGGAGGAGAGUUUACGUCCAAUGAAUUCAUAAGUUUUUGUGAGAAGUAUGGAAUGAAGAGACAGUAUUCAGUUGCUAGAACACCUCAACAAAAUGGUGUUGUUGAGAGGAAGAACAGAUCAAUCCAAGAGAUGGCACGAAGUAUGAUGAAUGAAUCCAAUGUGAGUGAUUGUUUUUGGAAGGAAGCAGUCCAUACAGUUGUCUACAUUUAGAAUAGAGGGCUGAUUAGAGAAAAACAUAACAAGACACCAUAUGAACUAUGGAAUGGUAAGGCGACAUCUGUUAAGUAUUUAAAGUUUUUGGCAGCCCUUGUUACAUUAAAAGAGAUGAAGACAAUCUAGGUAAAUUUGAUCCUAGAGUUGAUGAAGGCAUCUUUCUAGGAUAUUCUUCUAAGGGUAAAGUUUAUAAAUGUUAACAAGAGAUUGCAUAAAAUUGUUGAAAGUACUAAUGUUAGAGUUCAUGAGAUUUCUAACUCCUCUGAAAAGUUGCAAGGUUGUGAUGAUAAUUUGCAAAAUGAUGAAAUUGAAGGUGCUGAUCAGCAAUCUUUUUCUAGUAUGCAAGUUGGGGCAACAAGUAAUAAUGCUGGAAAUACUCCUAAAAGUAGUCAAAAUGAAGCAGUUGAUGCACAUCUAAAUAGUGAAGUAGCAGAUAAUCAAUUUGGAGCAGCAGAUAUAUCAGCUUGACAUACAUCUUCCCAUGAUCAAAAUCGGACCACAAUCAGAUCAUCUCUAAAGACUUCUUCAAAAUUUGUUCAAAAGAAUCAUCCAAUUAAUCAAAUUUUACAAGAGGACAAACCUAGAGCAACAAGAAGGAAUGUGAAUUAUUAUGAGUAUGAAGACAUCUCUUGUUGUCCAUGGUUGAACCAAAAAGCUUUGAAGAGGCAACAAAAGACAAGUCUUGGGUAGCUGCUAUGAAGGAAGAGCUAGAUCAAAUCCAAAAGAGUGGAACUUGUCCCAAGGCCUAAGGACAAGAAUGUGAUUGGUACAAAAUGGGUUUUUAGGAACAAGUUGAACGAAGAUGGCCAAGUUGUGAGAAACAAGGCAAGACUUGUGUGUAAAGGAUAUGCCCAGGUAGAAGGUAUUGAUUUCGAUGAAACCUUUUCUCUUGUUGUUUGUCUAGAAGCAAUCAAAAUGUUUUUAGUUUUGCUUCUUUUAAAGGUUUUAAAGUUUUCCAAAUGGAUGUCAAAUGUGCCUUUUUGAAUGGUAAUCUAAAUGAGGAAGUUUAUGUAGAACAGUCUGAUGGAUUUGUGUUAUCAAAAAAUCAUAACUAUGUGUGCAAGCUGAAAAAGGCUCUUUAUGGCCUUAAACAAGCACCGUGUGCUUGGUAUUAUAGGCUGGACUGUUAUCUACAAGAGCAAGGGUUCAUAAGAGGAAUAGUAGACAACAACUUGUAUGUGAAAGAAGGUAAUCAUAUGCUGAUUAUAGUUGUUUAUGUUGAUGAUAUGAUAUUUGUUAGUGAUUGUGAACAAAUGUGUAAGGUUUUUGCUACCAGCAUGAAGUUGGAGUUUGAAAUGUCUAUGUUGAAGUGUUAUCCUUCUUCCUUGGGCUGCAAAUUCAUCAAUCUAAGGAAGGUAUCUUUAUUUUCCAAACUAAAUACAGUAGAGAGAUGUUAAAAAGGUUUAAAACGGAGGACUGUACCCUUGUAAGUCCUAUGGUCACAGGUUGUAAACUUAGUAAAGUUGAUGAGUCUUAGCUAAUCAAACAAUUUACAGGUCCAUGAUAGGAAGUUUGUUGUAUGUUACAGCCACUAAACCUAACAUAAUCUAGACUAUUGGAUAUGUUGCUAGAUUUCAAGCUGCUCCAAAAGAAACUCAUGUUCAUGCUGUUAAAAGAAUUUUCAACUAUCUUAAGGGUACUAUGGAUUAUGGGCUUUGGUAUCCUAAAGGCAAUGAUUUCACACUCACAACUUACACAGAUGUAGAUUGGGGUGGCUCAGUUGAUGAUAGGAAGAGCACAAGUGGAGGUGCUUUCUUCCUUGGUGGCUGUUUAGUUUCUUGGUUAAGAAAAAAAACAAGCAUCUACUUCUUUAUCUAUAGCUGAAGCAGAGUAUAUUGCAGUAGUGUCAUGUUGCACACAAGUUCUUUGGACGAAGCAGACAUUGAGAGAUAUUAAUGUAGAAUUCAAUCAUCUUAUAUCUAUCUUUUGUGAUAAUACGAGUGCUAUUAACAUCUCUAAAAAUCUUGUUUUGCACUCUAGAACUAGGCAUAUUCAUAUAAAGUAUCAUUUCUUAAGAGAAUAGGUUAGUAAUCGGGAGGUUAAAUUGGGAGUGAUACGUAGAUUUGUUCGCUAACCUUUGCCAAGAGAUAUGUUUGAAAAGUUGAGACAAAAGUUGGGAGUAAUUUCACUCCAUCAUUUAAGAGAUAUCCUACUCAAGGGGAGUGUCUAUAGCUUUAUUUUAGGCACCAUUUAGUUUUUGCAAUUGAAAAUCAUUCAUUGAUGUCAACGGGGGAGUAGUAAUUUUAGGGGGAGCAGCAUUGUUUGGAUUUUAGUUUUUGUUUUGAUGGAGUUGUCAUCAAUUACAAAGGGGGUGUUUGUUGCAGAUUUUGUCAUUGAUGUCAAGGAUGAUUUUUAUUGUCUAUUAAAGGAGUUUUUGGACUGAAAAAUGUAUUUAGCUACUCGAGCUCUUUGGCUUCUUGGUUGAGCUGCCUACUUGUCUGCUUGAGCUCCUUGCUAGUCUACUUGAGCUACUUGCCUACCUGGUUGAGCUACUUGCUUGCCCAGUUGAGCUACUUGCUUGUCCACCUCACUUGCUUCGUUAACAUAUCUACCACGUCAUCCUUUGACUCUUUCAAAUAUGUCGUUUAAUAAGAAAGGCAUGAUUGUUUUUUAUGGGUUGUGUUUCUUUUGCAUAUGGUGGUAGAAUUAAUACUUUUUCAGCGGUGUUUGAAUGUGGGGAUUUGUAACACCUUUUCUACUUUAUGAACAAAUCAUGCUAUUUGCUGAUUAGUGGGAUACGUGGAAGAAGAUUCUUUCUUUUCACUGUUUUUAGAUGAGGUGAUUUGACUAUCAUAUUUUGGAAGAAGAAUCUUUUUAUUGCUGUUUUUAGUCGAGUUGGAUUUUUCGAUUGAUGGUGGACUUUCUUUUUUUUUCUUGAUAUUAUUGGAGAUUGUGGGUUGCGUUAAAAAGUUGAGUGGUGAUACUUUUUUUUUUUUUUUUUUUUUCUGAAGUCUUUGGGUGCUUCUUUAUGUUGGAGUUAUGUUUCUAGAAAUGGGGUAGAUAAUAUUUGAAAUGGCUGAUUUAAUAUUUUAGUGUGUUGAAAAAACAAGCAGAUGUUCUACAAUUUGAUGAGGUGUGUUUUCCUAAGCGGGAGAAGCUUGAAGUUGAAUGAGUUUCUUUUAAAAGUCAGAUUUUUGGUGGAGUGGGUGAUUCAUCAGUUAUUGUUCGUGAUUCAAGAAGAGUUGGUGCUCUCAGCGAGUUUGGUGCUUACAUUUGUAAUAUGGGUCAGUGCCCAAUUAUUCCAGUUAAUAAAAUCUUAUUGUAUGUUGUUUUUUACCCGAAAGGGAUUUCCACUGAAUGUAUAAAAUGGAUGACGGGUGGAAUCAAUAGAUUAAAAUACCACCUUGCACAAAUACCUGGAUAUGGUGUGGACAUAUGCCCCAAAUCAACUCCUGAGAUUAUUAGAGAGAUGAAGGCUCUUCUUGCUGAGCAUGAUAUGCAAAAGGAAGAAAGACAAAAAACAAAAGAAGCCAUGGCAGCUGCAAUGAAUCCCACAUUGUCCACUUCGAGUCCCAUUGGUCACACUCGUGGUUGUCAGUCAUUUUCAUCCUUUGGUGACAAUGAGGGUGAGGGUAGUGGCACUCCUGUUAGAUCAAAUCCUAAUUUUUUUGUACCAUGCAAUGUUCUAGGUGCACAACCUUCACUUGAAGGUACAUGAUGGAAUAGAGAGAAGCAUGAACAAGCAAAGAUAGCAGCAUCAAACUUUUGGUUUUACAAUAAUAUACCUUUCAAUGCAGCAAACAAUGUGUAUUGGGAAGGUUUGGUUACUGCAUUAACAAUUGCGGGUAAGGGAUUUAAGGCCCCAACAGGUCAUGACUUCAGUGGGCCAUUGCUAGAGAAAGUUGUAAAAAAUACACAAGUCGUGGUUGAUGAUCAAAAAAGUUAGUGGAAGAGAAAAAGAUGCAGCAUUUUAUCUGAUGGAUGGACAGAUGAACGGAAUAGGACUCUUCUCAACUUCUUGGUGGCUUCAAAUGGUGCAAUGGUAUUCCUAAAGUCUAUUGAUGUCUCAAAUGAAUUAAAAAAUGCAGAGAAUUUGUGUAAUCUAUUGGAUGGGGUGGUUCAGGAAGUUGGAGUUGAGAAUGCUGCCCAAAUUACCACGGACAAUGUAGUUGCAUAUGUAUCUGAAGGUAGAAUGCUUAUGGAGAGGCAUCCUAUGAUUACAUGGAGUCCUUGUGUUGCACAUUGUUUGGACUUGAUGCUAGAAGACAUUGGGAAGAUUGGAUGGGUGAAAAAGGUGGUUGAAGAUGCAAGAAGUGUCACCAAAUUCAUCUACAACCAUACUUGGGUGUUUUCUUUGAUGAGAAAACACACAAAUGGCAAGGACCUUGUGCGACCUAGAGUGACACGAUUUGGUAGCCACUUCAUCACUUUGUAGAGCAUUUUUAGUGCCAUUCCUCAUCUUAAGCAGAUGUUUGUGUCUGAUGCUUGGUUGGGGUCUGCAUACUCCAAAAGACCUGAAGCAAAGAAGAUUGUGAGCAUUGUAUUUGAUGAAGGGCUCAAAAAAAGUGGAGAGGCGUUGACUGCAGUAAGUAACAAACACAAAAGUAAACUUUAUACAAUCUUGUCUCUUUGCUGAUUUUAUUUUUUAGGGGUUAAUUUUGUACUAAUUUAAAAUUUGUUUUAAUUUUUUUAGGUGACAAAACCUUUGGUAAGGGUUCUUCGUAUGGUGGAUGGAGAGGACAUGCCAAUGGGUUUUAUUUAUGAGGCCAUGGAUAGGGCCAAAGAGGCCAUUUCACAUUACUAUUGUGGAAAUACAAGAAAAUGUGAAAUCCUUUGGCGCAUCAUUGAUCGUCGGUGGACAAACCAACUCCACCAACUGAUACAUGCCUUCGCCUACCUCUUGAACUCGAAAUUCUACUUCUUUGAUUCAUUUAGGGUUGAUGAGGGGGUCAUGGCAGGUGUUAUUGCAUGCAUUCAUAAGAUGGCACCUGAUCCUGAGUUGAGAGACAAGGUUCUUGAUGAGUUGGAGAUCUACAAGAGUGCAGAGGGGAGACUCUUCUCAUCACAACUAGCAAUUGAUAGGAGAGGAAAACAACAACCAGAUUUAUGGUGGGAGAAUUAUGGUGUUGGCAUGCCUAAUCUUCAAAAGAUAGCCGUCCGUGUUUUGUCUCAGCCAUGCAGUGCUUCCGGGUGUGAACAAAAUUGGAGUGUAUUUGAGAGCAUUCACACAAAGAAAAGAAAUAGAUUGACACAAAAGCGGCUCAAUGAUCUUUUCUUCGUUCGGUACAACCUUCACCUUCGAGUUAGAAAGGUGGAGGAUGUUUCACAUGAGGCCAUUGACUUGGAUGAAAUUGAUCCAUAUGGUGAUUGGACUGCAAAUGAACAAAAUGAUGGUGACGAUGUCCUCCUUACCAAAGAAGAAAUUGCAUAAUUAGAGAGAGGAGCAACACAAGAAGCAGAAGGAGCAAGAUUGGAUGAAAUGGAGGAUGAAGAUGAGGACUUUGAUUUUGAAGAAGAAUCAUCUCACCAUUUAGAUACCACAACACCCAUUGCUACUACUUCUAGCUCAAGGCCUGAAAAAUUGAGCUAUAUUAGGAGAAAUACAAAGAGGAAGAUGUAGUCUUCUCUUUAGUUUGUUCAUUUUUGUUUUUCACAUUUG